GUUUCCUUUUACUUUCUUCACAACGUCUUCUAUUCCGUCCAUUUAUCACGUCUUCGCCCUAAAUCAUUCCAGACAAACUACAUAUCGUACAUCUUUUCCCUGAUUGAGGCGACAAUGGCGCAUGGGUCGAAUUCAGGUUCGACGCAGCACCACUGUCCCGGCCGAAAAAUCUAUUCAACACCCUGCCGCACUGGCAAGAUUGCUGGCCUCGGCGUUUAUUGCGUCACUCAUCAAGACGCUUGCCGUAUCCACGACAUUUUUAAGUUACAGGGAGAGAGGUGCAUCUCGUGUAUAGCUGCGGACGCAGCUGCGGAACGUGCCCGUCGAGCACAGGCUGCAAAGAAGAAGGAGGAAGAGGCAGCUAAGAAGGCUGCUGAAGAGGCCAAUAAGAAGAUUCGCAAGAAAGAACGUUGGACUCAGGAAGAAAAAGAGAAGGGUGCUCGAGAGAAGAAGAAGGACGACGACGGCGACAAGACGGAUAAGGCCAAGAAGGCCAAGGAGAAGAAAGAGGCAAAGUAGGAGGUAAGUCUUAAUUGAAUGAGUUCUUCCCAUUUCAUCCACCUCUUCUCUCCUACAUUAUAUUCACAUACGACAUCAAAUUCCUUGCGGGCCAAAAUUUUGGGUUGCAAAC